AUGUGGCUCCUAACAACCCUGCUUCUUUGGGUUCCAGUUGGUGGACAAGUAGCCAAUGCCACAAAGGCUGUGAUCACCUUGCAGCCUCCAUGGGUCAGUAUUUUCCAGAAGGAAAAUGUUACUUUAUAGUGUGAGGGACUCCACCUGCCUGGAGACAGUUCCACACAGUGGUUUAUCAACAGCACACUCAUUCAGAUCUCCAUGCCUAGAUACAGUAUCACUAAGGCCACUUUCAAGGACGGUGGUGAAUACAGGUGCCGGACUGGUCUCUCAAUGCCAAGCGACCCUGUACAGUUGGAAAUCCACAGAAGUUGGCUGCUACUCCAGGCCUCCCGCAGAGUCCUCACAGAAGGAGAACCUCUGACCUUGAGGUGUCAUGGCUGGGAGAACAAGCUGGUGUACAAUGUGAUUUUCUAUCGAAAUGGAAAAUCCUUUCACUUUUCUCGAGAUUCUGAGGUCACCAUUCUGAAAAGCAACACGAGUCACUGCUCAGGCAUGGGAAGAAACCAACACUGCACAUCUGCCGGAGUGUCUGUCACCGUGAAAGAGCUAUUUGCCGCUCCUGUGCUGAGAACGACCUUGUCGUCUCCCGUCCUGGAGGGGAGUCUGGUCACCCUGAGCUGUGAGACAAAAUUGCUCCUACAGCGCCCUGGCUUGCAACUCUUCUUCUCCUUCUAUGUGGGCAGCAAGAUCCUGGAGGAGAGGAAUACAUCCUCAGAGUACCACAUACCAAGUGCUGGAAGAGAAGAUUCUGGAUUAUACGGGUGUGAGGUAGUCACAGCGGAUGGCAGUGUCCUUAAGCGCAGCCCUGAGCUGGAGCUUCGAAUACUUGGUCCCCAGUCAUCAGGCCCUGUCUGGCUUCACAUCCUUUUCUAUCUGUCAACGGGAGUAAUACUUUUGGUGGACACAGUUCUCUGUGUAAAAAUACAUAAACAAUUGCAAAGAAAGAAAAACUACAAUUUAGAAGUCCUUUCUGAUCAGGGGAAGAAAGAAACUUCCUCUCAGCAAGUUAGAAGCGAUGACGUGUCUGAAGAAAGAGACUUUGCAAGACAGACUACAGCCAAAGAGCCGCCACAGCUCAGUGAGCGGCCGUAG